CCGCGGUGCAUUGUGGGUGGCAGGAAGUGGUUGCUGCCAUGUUUGGCUGCUUUGUUGUAGAUUCUUGUAGCUUUCCUGCAGAUUGGAGCUCGUCUGCUGCCAUGGAGCCCAGCUGGAGCACCUUUCUCUUCCAACAGGCCAACGAGGCUCUGCACCACCAGCACCAAGUGGCUGGAAACAGCUUACUGCCUCUGCUUAACUCUGCAACAGAACCACCUGACCAGAAACCAGUGUUACCCAUUCCCUUAGACCAGAAGCCCCCUGUGAGCGCCGCAGAACUGCUCAAAGACAAUGUAGCCAGUGGGACUGGUGUCGCCGCCAGCGGGGGGCCUCCUAUUGUGGUCAAAAAAGAGCCCAAAUCAAAGACACCUUUCAUCUGUGGCUACUGCAACAAAGCCUUCCGGGACAGUUACCACCUGCGGCGGCAUGAGUCUUGUCACACGGGCAUAAAAAUGGUUUCACGGCCUAAAAAAACACAAACAGCACCCACCAUGGUGCCGCUCAUAUCUACUGUACCACGUGAGAACAGCGGAAACCCUUCCUAUGUUACUACUGUAGCUGGUAUCCUGACGACGGCCACCACGUCGACGUCCACAGGCACUAGCAUCAUGACCCCAAUGCAGCACCAGCAGCAGCAGCAAGUCAUCCCCAAGAAGCCCCCCAAACCAGUCAAGAAGAAUCACGGUUGUGACAUGUGCGGUAAGGCUUUCCGUGAUGUAUACCACCUCAACCGCCACAAGCUGUCACACUCUGACGAGAAGCCAUUUGAGUGUCCCAUCUGCCAGCAGAGGUUCAAGAGGAAGGAUCGCAUGACCUACCACGUGCGCUCCCACGAUGGAGGCGUUCACAAGCCUUACAUCUGCUCUGUCUGUGGAAAGGGAUUUUCUAGGCCGGAUCACUUAAGCUGUCACGUGAAGCAUGUUCAUUCUUCAGAGAGGCCGUUCAAGUGCCAAGUUACGGCCUGUACCUCUGCCUUUGCUACCAAAGACCGACUGCGCUCCCACAUGAUCAGACACGAAGGAAAAGUGACCUGCAACAUCUGUGGGAAAAUGCUGAGUGCCGCCUACAUUACAAGUCACCUGAAGACACACGGGCAGGCCAGCUUCAGCAACCCCUGUAACAACAACAAAGGCAUAAGUGACUGGCAGUGGAACCACUCAGGGCCACGAAAAGGUGAGUUGACGGUAGGAGAGAUUUUAAAUAACUCCUUCCAAGUCCUAAUUGACAACUCUCAAUCCAGAGAUACCAACAGUGUACACAACUCUGCCACCAACACUCCAGUCACCAGCUCGGUGGCCAUCACCUCGGCUGUCAACCGCACCGCCAAUGCCAGCAACCCGGUCACCAUCGCUGCUCAGAUGAACAUCGCCACCAGCACAGUCAACAUCACCUCGCCAGUCAACCUGCAGCACCCGGUCACCAUCACUGGCCCCGUCAACCUGGCUUCAGUCAACAUCCCCACCACGGCUCACAUGAAUAUUGCCCACCCAGUCGCCAUCACCACCCCCAUGCCGAUGAAUAUUACAGGCCCGCUCAACAUCGCCAUGAGGCCCAUGGAGAGCAUGCCUUUUCUGUCCCAAGUCUUGCCUUCCUCCCCUCCUUGGUAGAGUUUCUACUCCACAUGUAGCAGUUGAUCAUGUUUUUACUGCCUGCAAAAAGGAGGGACUUGUCAAAUGUCAAGUUCCAUCAAAAUGAGCUGAUAGUCUAGUCAACCUUUUUUCUUUUUUUCCUUCUUCAGCAAAUGUAAUACAAGCACAUUUCAAUAGAGCGCACACCUCUGCCAGUAGAGGACUAACUGGUGACACCAUUGUUAUCUCUUCUAAUGACAGAGGAGCAACGUUAUCUGUAGGAUUUAUGGAUGCUUCAAGGUUUGUUAUGGACAAAAGGAAAACCUCUGACAGAUAUAAAGCAAUAAGACGAUAUGAAACAGGGCCAGGUCACCAACAAAACGGAAUCAGUUCUUCCCUGACCAAACAGGCCUUUUUGAGGUUUGUUGUCUGCAGAUGGAUAUGGGAGUGGGGUUAAUGUCUUCAGGUUGCCAGUGUGUUGGAAGGCCAACAGUCUAGUCCUUAAUUGGUCUCAAGUGCAUUCAUUUGGACUCCGAAAACAAAGCCUGCAGAUGGCAAGAACAUGCCCACUCCACGCAGAAUAUGUCAGGGAGAAGAAGGCAACAGCGCUAACCUGUAAGUUGCCAUAUUUCACAGUUACCGUCUCAAUCGCCAAAAAUGGCAGUACACAUUGCAUAAUGCUUUCUUCUGUGUCUAUAGUGGGUUGGUUUUGUGCAUUUUGAAGGUUUGUAGAAAAGUAGUUUUAUGCCAAAGAUUUUAGUGGAAAAUGAGGGAAACCCUUUACGUCAGCAGACCAUCAUAGGAAAAAAACCUACAUUCUCCUAAAGAUAGUGAAAUAGUAAAAAGCUCCUCGUUGCCACUACAGCAGCACCAUAUGGCUCUGGUCGUGUCAGGUGCCAAAUAAGCCUGGAUACUGAUGAUUUAUGUGCUGGUAGAACACUAAUUAUAGGCACUUUGCUAUUACAGGGAGUACAUCUUGAAUCUAGACUUUCCCAGCUUCCAGGAACCAGUUCCAGCUGCGAGCUCAGGUUCUGCUUAUGCUGUAAAAGCACUA